CGGACUGUAUUGAUUAUGUGAUAUCGUCCGCUCAACCUGUGCAUAAAAUGGCAUCUAGAAUACCCCUAGACCCCCUUAGAGACCACGUUAAUGUACCCUGUACCAGUAGUGUAUUGUCGCCGUUCCUGGAAGGCUUACCAAGGCUCUCGCGGCCGUAACUGUCUGCGCUCGAAGCGUCUGGACCUGCUUCCAUGGAGCCGAGUAUGAGCACAACCCUGUCGCCGCUGGAACAGGCAAAGCGCCGCGCGCUGCUGGACAAAAUCGCGCAGUUCGAGUCGCGGGGCGCAAUCCUUCCGACCGACGCACGCACGCUACGCAGUCAGCUACACGACAGCACGAGCGGCCAGUGGAAGGCCGUGGAGGUGCGACUGAAGCAGCUCGCACGUAGCUGGAACCCGUACCACGAUGCUACGGCAGGCUCGUCCUCUGCAAAGAAGCAGAAAGACAAGAAGAAAUUGGAUUUUUACCAGCUUCUAGAGCUGGAAAAUGGCGCAAAAGUCACCACCGACGACGUCAAAAGACAGUUCCGUAAACUAGCGCUGCUGUUGCAUCCAGAUAAGAAGCGCACGAGUCGCAAACGUGAGCGCGAGAUAAAAACCGACGAGGAAGAGGGGGGGCUCGAUGAGGAAAAGCUCCUUGAAGUGGACUCGACCCAGUUCGCACGCCUUCGGUUGGCUUAUGAGACGCUCAGUGACCCUGAGAGACGUGCUGCAUACGAUGCCAAGAUGCAGGAAGCCGCGCACCCGCAGCAAUCGCAGCAUCUUGGUGAAGUAGUAAAGGACCAAGUGAAGCUGGAAGCUUCGACUGAUUUUGCAUCGUUAGAGUGGAUGGCUCGUGUCAAGCACAAAAUGGACGUGAUGGCUCGGAUUGCCGAGUGGGCCAAGUUGCUCUCACUCAAUGCAACGGAACUGCGCUUCGAGACCGGAGAACCCUGUACGGGCAAAGGAUGUGGUAAAAUUGUGAGUAUGGACCGAGAUUUAGAGUGCUCGGGCUCUCCACGGCGUCGAGUAUACAUUUGUUUAUUGCACAAGUACAUUCAUGCUUGCGACGAAAGCUGUACGAGCACGUUUGGCGACGCAGAGCUGGAUCGGCGCGUGUGUCCUAUGCGAGCGUACUGGCUCAUUCAGAAUUGGCUAUUCGACCAGUUGCAAGCUGCAGCCUUACAGCGCCAAGUGCAGCAACCUCUUAACCCAUCAGCUAAUAAACAAGAUGAAGAGCCUGCGGUUAAGAAGAUGAAGCAGGCAGUUAAUGGAGAACCUCCUGCAUUGUCCAAGGAAGCUCCAUCGAUCUGCGGCUUUGAGCAGUCUGAAAUUCAUCUAGGCGACCAGUACACACGGUUUCAGGUGAAGAAAAUUGCAGAGUGUCAAAGUGAUAUUUGCCGGAGCAACUUUCAGUUUUUAGAAGACGGAAUUUACGCUUGCCGUCGUCAUGGAACGCCGCAUAUCUGCACUUUCGAGCAAUGCGAUCGUCAGAAGCUGCACAUGGGUAGCUACAUUUGCUGGGUUAGCGGAAAAGUUUAUGGUCGUGAACGAGAACAAGCAGGCACGGACGUUCGUACUCGUCGCGUUGUCUACUCAGAUGCCCAGGGCGACGAGAAUUCGGUGGAGAUGGAGGUUCCUGUAAUGCUGCCACUAGGGAAGACGACAGAGUAUCUAUUGGAGGGAGACCCCUCUCUUCAUAACUCUGGAAAUGUAUCGUCGCUGUCUCCACCCCCGCCAGACGAGAAAGCUUGGCACAAGCGGCGUCGUUCGGGUUCUGAUGGCUGCAAUGAAGAUGACGUUCGCUCGCCGAAGCGCGAGGUGCGUAAGAGAUUUAAACGGGACCGUGAACGCGAGCGAGAGACCUCACCGGUGCGCCAACGCCUGCAUGAGCGCUUGGUGUCAAAGAUCCAGCGAUCAGAGACAACGUCGUUCCACAUUUUCCUGAAGCUUCCGCCUGCCGUUGCCAAUUUGCCGAAGGUGGCGCUGGAGCUGGAAGAAGCCGCCGAUAGCAGCUCAGACGAUGAAGAUUCUCCAUCGAAGGCAGCGGCUGAUAAGGCGAACUUGCUGCAGAUCUUCGUCAACUCGCACCAUACUGUCAACUACAUCAAGUACUGGAUGGAAGAGUUGACGGAGCAGCAAUUAUCCAUUUGGGAUCAACAGAUCUACUGGGGUGACACAUUGAUUGGUGAAGAGACGAACGUGAUGGUUCUAGAGGAGCAUGGUAUCUCUGCGGGUUGUGUUUUGGAGCUGUGUCUCCAUGAUGACUGUCCGCUGCUGGUAUCGACCUGGAACGGCAAGAACGCAGCAGCUGGCGGAUGUGGUGGAGCUCCAGUGGAAUACAACACGGUACAGAUUUCAAAGGAAGCAGCAGAAGACUUGGAUGAUCUCCAGGAAGAGUGGGAAAACAUUGUGGCUGCUGAGGAACAAGCUUUUGAAGAGUCUCGUCUUAUGCGGAAGCGUGAGAAGUUAGAGCUACGUGGUGCUAUAGAACAUACCGAGAUGCUUCGCUAUGACAACGCCAAGUCUGAACCUCGACUACUGGGUGUGAUACAGAAACGAGUUCUUAGUGACGGGGAUGGUAAGCGAAAACGCCAACUCAUUCCGCCAAGCAAAGGGAAAACAGAGAAGCAACGAGCUUUGGUGUCUAUCAAGAGCGAGAUUUUGGUGAAGGAAGAACAAGAGCAAGUUCCAAAGCGAGUGGAGGCGAUGAGAUUGCUAUCGAACGAUUCUCAGCCAGUGAAUGGGAACAAUAAGAUGCAUGCAAAACCUCAAAAAAAUGACGACUAAUUAAUCCUCCAGAAGGGAAGCAAACACACGUCGGCAGCUCUCGAAUAGAGACAUUGUGAUUGCGGUUGAUGGGGCAUGGAAAGCAACGCGGGCUCCAGCACCUUUGUACAGCGCCAAUAUCCCUUCCGUUCUACUCGCAAUGGAAACAGCAUACAGGUCAGCUAUAUAAACGCAGCCAGCAUCAUGACAAGACCUACCUGAUCACUUGUGUGAGACCGUCAGCGAUUCCACGGUAGGCUGCUGGGGUUCCUUCCGACGCGUACGCACGUUGAACCUGUGGUUACCACACCAUCCGACAAUUAGAUUCAAUGAUGACAAGAGCAGCCUAAUAGAAUCCGUACCUGGAGGCGUAGCUUGAUAAGGUCCAGUGGGUUGGUAAGAAACGAUGCAGUGGCACCCGCAACAGCCGCACUUGCAAGAGUGUAUUGCGCCGGCAGCUCCUGCAUGUCGAGUCGUUUCUGCGCGAAUGCCUUGGCUUUCUCGUAAAACAUAAAAUAUAGUGCCGAGAAGGGCCCGAAAGAGAGCAGAGUAGCAACAUAGCCCUUGUACAGACCGGCAAUGCGCUCUGUGCGCGCGAUCGUCUGCAUAGCGUCCAGCGUGUUGCGGUAGUAGAUUUUCCCUGACGCACUCGAAGACUGUCCUUGCACC